GUCCUCUGGAGAGAGGGAGAGUGAUAGUGUGCGUGUGUGUGUUAGAGAGAGCAAGAGAGUGAGUGAGAGAGUGAGUGAGAGAGGGAGGGAGAGUGCGUGUAUGUGUGUGUUUGGAGACAGAGUUAUGCAGAGACCGUGUCGCGCGGUGCUAUAGCCAUUACGCACUGUUACGCACUGACAGCUACUUUCCAGAGAGGAGCUCUGUGCGCAGGGGAGCGGGAUUUUGGAUUCCUCACAUGCACAGGAAAAAGAAAGACAUUUUCAUCAUCAUUCAGUGGAUCUCCAGCAGAACAGCUUGAUCCUCAGAGCAGAACAGAGUCAGCUGCCACCCAUCCCAACAGGAAUGGUGGAUCACUUGCCGCUUGGUGACGAGACCUUCCUGUAUUAUACUGGCUCUCUGGGCUCUGACUACAACUGCCUCUGUCGCCACGCCAAUGGUGGCGUGUCGCCGGGCAUCAUGGUAACUGAUGCAUGCAUUUACCAUCACCACCACCAUCCUUACCAAGGGUUGAUGGUCUCCUCCUCGUCUCGUCUCUCAGAGGACGACCUCAGCGACUCCUCCAGCCCUCGUUCCUCCCUCUGCUCCAGCCCCGAGUCCUCAUCGCCAGCCUCGCGGCACGUUUUCGGCUCCAGCUCCGAUAGCAGGAGCAGCAGAAGCAGUGGGAGCUCUAGCUCUUCAUCUGGAGGAGAGAGUCAGGACAGCCUGCUGGACCUCCUGCUCUCACAGAACUCCCUUAGCACCUCAUUAAACCAAAAUGCCAGCCACAGCAGCUCUCUCAUUUCCCCUCUUUCUUCCUCCAUAUAUGUGUCCUCUCCAUCUUUCUCUUCCUCUUCAUCUCUCACUCCCCCCCUUUUACCCAUGGGCCUGGCCUGGGAGUCCAAGAGGGAGCAGCGGCUGAGUCUCCUCCAGCAGCAGGCCAAGGAGGACUGUUACGAGUUCCCCGUCUUCCUUGAUGAGCUGCAGGAUCCUGCGGCGCUCCUUUUCCAGCCCACGCUGGAGGAGAUUGAGGAGUUCCUUGAGGAAAACAUGAUGGUGGCAAUGGAGAAAGAGGAGGAGGGGAGUGAUGAGGCAAUGUCACCAACACCUGAGGACGCUGAGGCGAAACGUUCAAGGACAUUAGCAGGAGAAAUUCUAUCAAUGUUUCAGAACUCAGAUCAGACUGUUCCUGUUGACACAAAGACCAAACAUUCACCAUGUGCGUCUGACAUGGACAGCUCACCAUCAACAGUGGAUGCUACUUGCAUUAAAAGUUCUACUUAUUCUAGUAGUCAAGUUGAUGGGAUCAAACAGGAGGACCAUGAAUCAUUGCCCUCCUUAUCAGAAGAUGCCAGUGCCUCCAGUGUGCCUGUCAUCCUACAAAUCCAGCCCAUACAGAUCAAACAAGAACCCAACCCCAGUGCCAUAUCAGAUGCCGUCACCCAGCAAACCCAAACACAGAAAACCCAGUCCCAGCCAACUCAGGCCCCAUCGGAUAUCAAAAUUGCGCAGCUCCUGGUGAACAUCCAGGGACAGACCUUUGCUUUGGUGCCUCAGCUUGUUUCCCCAACGAACAUGAGUAGCUCAAGUAAAACCGGAAGCGCUACCUCAUCCAAAUUUGUCCGGAUUGCGCCAGUGCCCAUUGCAGCUAAACCCAAUGGCCUUGGGGAAGGUGGAUUGGGGGGCUCGGCUGCAGGGGUCCUUGUUGGAGGUCAGAGGUACCAGAAGAGUGCUGUAGCAGACCUAAUUAAAAUGCACAAGUGUUCUUUUCCUGGCUGUAACAAGAUGUACACCAAAAGCAGCCAUCUGAAAGCUCACCUGAGGAGGCACACAGGGGAGAAGCCCUUCGCCUGCACGUGGCCUGGCUGUGGAUGGAGGUUCUCCCGGUCUGACGAGCUGUCCCGACACCGCCGCUCCCAUUCGGGGGUGAAACCGUACCAGUGCAUCGUGUGCGAGAAGAAGUUUGCCCGCAGCGAUCACCUGUCGAAACACCUCAAAGUCCACCGCUUUCCACGAAGCAGUAGGACAGGACGCUCUGCAAACUGACCCCCCUGACCCACUCUAAAAGACUGACGCAAAGCAGGGGGCAGGUGGCGUGUGUGUGUGCGUGAGAGAGAGAGCGCGAGAGAGGGGAGAGACAGAGGAGGGGGUGAAAGUCCAAACGCCCUUUAAAGAAGUCUGUGCUGGACUCUUAAAGCUCAUGUGUGUUUAUGUUUGAAUAUGUGCGUGUGACGUACAUUCAUGGUACUGUGAUAAUUUAUUGGGUGGUGAGGAAAAGACUGUAAAAGCUAAACUAAAGCAGAAAACUGUUACUUGACAUAACACCCUCACAGGUGGAAUAAGCUUCUUGUAUAUACAACAUUUAUUUGUCUCACUCGAAUCCUGUAGUUAAUCCAAUUUGAAGAAAACUGCCAUUCAGAGGAUUUUGACACUCUGAAGUGUGUGUUAUUACUGAUGCUCGAGCCUAAAGCCUUAUAUCGGUAAGGGUGUGAGACGGGGGAGUGUGCUACUAUUUAAACCCCUCAGUUUUUCCCUUUUCUGGAGCCAACCGUUGUUUUAAAGUAAUAUUAGUAAAAAAAGUCUGGUUUAAACUUUAAUGCCUCACCAGCAAUAAGAACCAAUCAGGAAACAUUGUGAUCUAUGAGGCGGUUUCUUUCUCGAUAGAUGGCAGACUAAAUUAUGCCUCGACAUUCCUUCAUCUUUCGUGUCUUUGUUGCCUUUGAGUCUCGUUACAGGAAACCAACAAUGUUGUUAAUACACAAGAACAAAGCUCAUGUUGAAUUACUGCUCCCACCAACAAAGAUCAUUAUAAUGUCUAAUUUGCACUGGUGAGUGAGUAUUUUCAGUAUUUAGAGUAGUUGUGAUGUUGUCUGACUUCACUAACAUACAACAAUGUUUGUUUUGGUUCUCAUUUAGUUAAACACGACCGUCUAUCAGAAUAGUUGUAAUUUUUAUGGCCCUUUUUUUGGAUCAAACAGAGCGAGAUUUGCAGCUACGUCCCAUGAUUAUCUGGAAAUUUUCCAAACCAAGGUCGAAAACAAGUAUUUAUAGAAGCAAGUCUGCUUCUCUGUUUUCAACUCAUGAUAAAUCACAACCUUUAUUUUCUAAUUCUCUGCUGUUAGGUAAAGCCAAAUCAUGUAGCCAUUACGCUGUUUCACUUUGUUCACUGUUGUUAAAAAUAUGUAAAAUAAUGCUACAUGGUUAAUUCAGCUAAUAGAUAAACGGAAAGUCUGGUGUCAGUAGGAAUCAAAUCUAAUUUCUCCCUCUUCUUCACACAGAAAAAUGUCAUACAUUUUUCCUAUUAAAUGAAAUUAAACCUUUUCUUAUUCAAUUGAAAUGAA